UCAGUGAAAUCCACUUGUUAUUUCACUGCAAAAGAGAAAAGUCGAUUUCACUGAUAUUUUUUAUCUUCCAAGGAACUCUUAGUUUGCUGAAAGUUUGAGAGGUCUUUGGUUGUGAAGAACAGGGUGAAAACCCACCAGUCCCCCCCCCAAUGUCUGGUGGACCCGUUUCCCAGAGCUGAAAGUAAGAUAGGAGUUGUGGAAAGGGAGCAAAUGCUUUAAAAAUUCCUGGCUUGUUCACCAAUAUUUGGCCCUCCAGCUGAUGGGAAUUAGCUUUUCCUGCCUGCAAGGAGACCAGCUCCUGUUCUUCCAAAGAAUAAAGAGGAGACUGCUUUCUGCUGUGCGAUGCGAGUAGCUGCCUUUUGAACAGCCAAUCCAUCAACAUGAGGACUAAAGAGGCAGAAAUGCGUUGUUUGAAUGGUAGCCAAAUAAGCCAUAAGGCACUGCUCGUCAAUACCGGGUUCAGGAGUCCUGCCAAAAAAAAUGACCCUGCCAGCGAAGACAGAGACCGGUCGUGGGAGUUCGUAGCCUUUUCAGCCUGCAAGUGCUCCAUCUGUGCAAAGGAGAGGUCUGUCCUGAAACUUGUCAGGGACACGCUCUGAGCAAAACACUCCUGAUGGCAAAAAUAAAUCCUAAUUCAGCUUUUUUACUGGCCCUCUCAUUGGAAGCAUUUUGGAAGGAAGAGUGAAGUUUUUCAGUUUGCUUUUCAAAGUGACUGUUGAUGCUUGUUUGAAUGGCCGUUGCUCCUCUAACUGCAGUUUGAAGGAGACUGGACAUGGUUUUAACUGGGCAUCUUUUUUUAGGAUGAGAGUUGAUGCCUUUUAAGGAAGCUUAUUCUCUUCCGAGAAGAGAGGAUCACAAUUUGGCAUUUUACCGUGCAUCAGGUGGCUGAGCGCGUGGAGGCUUUGGGACAGUUUGUGAUGAAGACACGAAGGACAUUGAAAGGCCAUGGUAAUAAAGUCCUCUGUAUGGACUGGUGCAAAGACAAAAGAAGAGUUGUCAGCUCUUCCCAGGAUGGGAAGGUGAUAGUUUGGGACGCCUUCACCACCAAUAAGGAGCAUGCGGUGACAAUGCCCUGCACAUGGGUAAUGGCGUGUGCCUAUGCUCCUUCUGGAUGCGCCAUUGCAUGUGGCGGUCUGGAUAACAAAUGUUCUGUAUACCCCCUGACCUUUGAAAAAAACGAGAAUAUGGCCGCUAAGAAGAAAUCGGUCGCCAUGCAUACUAACUACUUAUCAGCUUGCAGCUUCACUAAUUCUGAUAUGCAGAUCUUGACUGCAAGUGGUGAUGGUACCUGUGCCCUCUGGGACGUGGAAAGCGGACAGCUUCUGCAGAGUUUUCAUGGCCACGGGGCAGAUGUCUUGUGCCUGGAUCUUGCUCCUUCAGAAACAGGAAACACGUUUGUGUCGGGGGGUUGUGAUAAAAAAGCAAUGAUCUGGGACAUGCGGACCGGUCAGUGCAUUCAAUCCUUUGAAACCCACGAAUCGGAUAUUAAUGGUGUCAGGUACUAUCCAAGCGGAGAUGCCUUUGCCUCUGGCUCAGAUGAUGCCACAUGCCGUUUAUAUGACCUCCGAGCAGACAGAGAGGUGGCCAUCUAUUCCAAAGAAAGCAUCAUCUUUGGGGCGUCCAGUGUGGAUUUUUCUCUUAGCGGGCGUUUAUUAUUUGCGGGCUACAACGACUACACCAUAAACGUUUGGGAUGUUCUGAAAGGGUCUCGCGUCUCUAUUUUGUUCGGUCACGAGAACCGUGUUAGCACUUUGAGGGUUUCGCCCGAUGGGACUGCGUUUUGUUCUGGAUCAUGGGAUCACACUUUGAGGAUUUGGGCUUAAACAGCAGGGCUGUUUCCAAACAUGUAUUCACAUAGGCAUCAUAGGAUCACGCACCCCACGGAACAUCAGUUUAUGGGGGGGAAGUCUACC